CACGCAUAUUUAUAUAUUAUGUAUUGGAACUAUAACAAUACCAUUUUUGUUGAACAGUGUUAGAAUUUAAAAACUGAUGACACAUAAUAAAUACAUCCUUUGUAGUUGACUAAAUGGGCAUCAUGGAAAAGAGUAGAAGGUUAAGGUUAGUCUAAGUUAUGUAAUGUAUAGAAGGCAAUGUAUAUAGCAAAUAUUGUACAGUUUUAUGAGUUCCAUGUAAUGAAAAUUUUAUUUUGUAUUCAAUCAGAAGUGUGCUUAUUUUGUAUUGUGUAGUCUGAAGCUACCAUCCAAUGAUAGCAGUGGUGUUUCUAGAAGGCUUGAAAUGGGGGUGCUGAUGGAGGUGGGGCGAGGGUGAAGCGUGGGGAGGGGGGUGGGGGCUGGAUGGUGAGAUACGCCACUGAAUGAUAGAACAUGAUUGUAAAGAUGUGUGGAAUCCGUCGUAUUGGGAUUGGGUUGGUUGAGGGAAAGUUAUUCAGCAAUAGAAUUAAUGUUGAAAGUUUUCUGACAAUUAAGUUUUAUAUAUCAUCUGAUUUAGUUUUAUAAUUGUCCUUGCUAAUAUGGCUAAAAUUUAAAUGAACUUAUUGUUACUAGAUAAGCUUUAAAUGAAUCACCUGUGUUUCGAUUAUGUUGACGUUUUUUGAGCAUCGUUUGUGAGUGUACCUGAUCAUAUCAAUGCUAGGUUACUUAUUUUAAGUAUAUUGUUAUCCCUGAAAAGUACCGUAACAAUUUUAAGCAACAAUUAUAUAAUAUUAAUUACGAAAUUUGGAAAAGCACUUUAUAUUUUUUCCAGAAAAAAAUACUGUCAAUACUUACGCCCUUGUAACUCUAUAAUAUAUAAAUCACCAUGGAUCCCAUGUGUACUAUUAAACGGGGAACUUGAUUUUGAAAAAAAAAAACCGUCUGUAUGGGGAAUUAAUUUGGUUAGUGUUGUUCAACCAUGGUGACUUUUGGGUUACUGAAUUAUGUGUCGACAUUCGUUGCUAUACAUACCAUACUUUAUUAACACAUUUGCAAUGUAAUGGAUGUUAGAUCAUGUCUCCAGUUCCUAUAACUUCGAUAAACAAUAAAUACAACUGGCAUUUUGUAACUCUUUAGUAUUCUUGUAUGUAUUCGCUGGAUAUUACGGUUAACAACUCCACAUGACUGGAAGAUGCAUUAAUGACUGAAGUGUUUUUAUAAAGCUUAAAAGUGUAAUUAUAAAAAACACUGGGUUGCGCUUAUUUAUGAUUUAAGACACUACUGUACUCUGUACAGUACAUGACGACAUACAGUAAGUAGGCAAUCAGUUGCAUACAGUAUGUCGUUUAUGUGUAUUGUUUCUAAUUACCCUUUUUAAUGUGACAGUCUCUUGGUUUUUUUAAUUUACGACGGACAGUUGGAUAAAUUUAAUUGCCGAAUGAUUAAAGUUACAAAUUAAUUUGACGGGUGAUAGUCGCCGUACGAUGUUUGGCGGAACGCAGACUCUGCAUUCGCAAAGCCAAAGAAAGUUCAAACUCCUCAGACGCACGUCGUCUGACGGACAAUUUGUCAGAUUUCCCGCCGAGCUCAGUUAUCGUCAAGUGUAGCUGUCAGGGACUCAAGCCUGGGCUAAUUUAUUUGUAGUCGUCUACUUAGAUUCAUCACGUUCACUUUCAUCAUAUCGUUUUAUCUCCAAGUUAUAAUGUGCAAUUAUCAGACAACGAGAUUGUUUGCUUUUUUAUGGUGGUGCGCCAAAAAUUGAAUAACUAGUAUUAGGAGUAUGUUAUUUCUUCAGCCCGGCACAAGCGUAUUGUUGACUGCACCCUGCUGUGUGCUUAUGGACGGGAAUUACGUUUAGAAUUAAAAUCGCGUGCGUUCUUGAUAGAUUUGAUAUUGGGCCCGCGAUCAGACUGGUCGUGCCUUACGAAUACACAAGACUUGACAUUCUUGCUUGGAUUUCUCAAAACAUUUAUUGACCUUCCAGCGUUAUACCAGGAGCUCCUGUCGUGAAUGAACGCACUACUGUAGUUUACAGUAGGCUUACAUGGUAGGCCAAACCAUUUCAAAGAUAGAAAGUAGAGUGGAUUAGUUGCUUGAGAUUGGAUAAGUAGACGUUUUACUUAUUUACCUCACAAUGUUGUGGAAUUUUAGAGAGAACGUUUACAGAAACUCAAGUAGCAGAAACUCAAGUAGCAUUGUUUACUAUUUCCUACUUGUUUACGUUUUGAUGAAUGUUGGUACAUGUCAGCAUGACCAGCACUUUGGAUACAUGUAUGAAUGUGAACCCAUUCAGGUGGACAUGUGCAAACGUAUGCCAUACAACAUGACGCACAUGCCGAAUAUUCUUGGUCAAGAAACUCAAAUAGAGGUGGAAUUAGAGAUGACUGGUUACAAUUACGAAUUUCUUAUUCGCAGUGGUUGUUCGAAAGAUCUUCGAUUAUUCUUGUGUGCUGUUUACACACCGAUGUGCAAUGUAGUUUCGUAUGCUCCUUUCCCGCCAUGCCGAGAUCUUUGUGAAAGUGUAAGAAAAGGUUGUGAACCAGUAGUCAAAUCAAAGGGAUAUGACUGGCCGAAUCGACUUAGCUGUGAAUCUUACCCUAAAAAAGGACUUUGUUUUGACAAGCCUAGGACUAAAGUGACUGUCCCACCCAAAGGUGUACGGCCAACGAAAACGGCGUAUCCUUCAACUUCUGUUAUUAAUCCUAAAGUGACCGUCCCGCCCCAGGAUCGACCAACAGCCCAUAAUCCAUCAACUUCUGAAGCCAGAAAGGCGUCUCCUUAUUCUUCAUCUUUAGACCUACAGUCAGACAAUAGAGGUAUAUUAACAACGAAUAGAACUAUGCAAUUCCAUUUAACAACAUCGGACAUUAAAAAUACUGGCCAUUUAAAUAAUUCAACCUUUACCAUUUUAGCGCUGCUUAUAGGCUUUUAUUAUAUGUUAUUCUCGUAGUAGCUACGGUACUGGCUAUUGAAAAUAUUUAAUCACAUCGUGUUCCGUACUUUGCUUGAAAAUAACUGAUGGGCCAAAUUGAGCUUUGGACUACUACCUGGAUGUGAAUGAAGUGUUUAAAGUCAGGUCUGUUAUUGGAUAAGAAGUAAACAUCUCACAUUUUGUUCGUUAAAGUAAAAUUAAUGCUAUAAAUUCGCACACCAGUGAUGGAUUAAAUCAGAAUCCACCUUUAUGUAUGUAAUGAGGACUAGUUUUUAUAAUUACAACUAUUUUAUUUAUUUUUUAUUGUUUUCAAGUAGGCUUAUACCAUGGCUGCAAAAUCUAUCUGGAGAAGAAAUUUCAACUAAAAGAAGUAGCAUUAUUAGGGUUUAGUAGGGAUAGUGCUGGUUCUUAUUAGACGAACAUUUUUAAGAAUUUGUCUCCACUUUAUCUGAAGUGGUAUAGAACUAUUGGACUGAGUAUUCAUUGAUAGGUAAGAAUAAGAGCAACACUACAAAUUUUAAAGGCGGUCUUGUUACUUUUGAGACUAUAACGCGAAAGAUUUUUUUAUAACAGCUUUUAAACAGUUCAAGAUGGUCCGCACGCACGAUCGAUGAACAAAUUAUGUCUCGAUAAAUCAGUAUAGUACUAUGGAUAAGAAGAAAAUCAAUUUCUUUUCCGGAAAACGUUUCGAGGAAUUUUGUCGAAGUGAUUGACAAGUUGGGUUUGAGGAAUACGUGCAAGUGGAGUUCGAGUGGACUCGUGACUGUUGUUGGUUCUGACAGCAUGCGAUGUUUUAAAACACUUGUGUACUUCAGUGAUUCAUGAAGAAGUUGCUUUUUAGUCAUCUUUCUGACGAUCUCAAUUUUGUUAUUGCCUGUCCGUACGGUGUAAUUAUGUUAAAAUUUCAUCACUCAACUUCUAAAUAAUAACAAAGAAACAUAACUGUUAAUCACAAUAAUAUUGUAUUCAGUUAUUAACAGCCGGCAAUCCUAGCCGGCAAAUGGUCACCAAAUCCUUAAUUGCUGGGUUACAUUUAACUCUCUUUUAGAAGUUUAGCAGCUAAGCUAUAUUAUAUUAAAUUUAGCCUUAUAAACUAUUGAACAUGGGCAUAAAUAUCGGUGUAGCGAAUAUCUCCAUUUCUUUAUAAACAUAGAGGGCGCUACGCCUAAGUACUGAAUACAACAUUAUUUAAAUCUUAGUCAUCUAUUAUAUUGUUUUAAAAUUACAUAUGAAAGUAAAUUAUUGAAUUGUUAAUAUAGAACAGUAAGUUAUUCGUUUAUGCCAAUCCUUGUCCAGUGCUUAGCGACGGAACGGACACUUUGUUAUGUUCUUCACACUGCACUGACCAUAUAAAUUUGAACAAAAUGUCGCCAUGUAUUAAUUGACCGAAUAAUAUGGAAACUCCUUUUAAUGUUUCCUGAUGAAGUAUCCUAUACGUGUUUUGCUAUGAUUUUCCAUAUGAUGAAUGUCAAUGUAGGCAUAGGUAUACCCAUCUUAUAUAGUACACCUUAUGGCAUAUAAAUAAAAUUUACAAGAAAUAGAAAUUAUGUAGUUAGGCCUAUUGUAUUUUUAUCUGUAGUAUUUGUAGUAAUAAAAUAAAUGUACGGUACAUCAUAUUAUGUAAUGUUCAAUGUUAUUAACACCAUGGCCUAUUAACCUAUAUUAUUCGAAUCGGCAUUGGGGAUAAAACAUCGUUGCUAUAGCGGAGGACCAGGAAAUGGUCUUUGAGCACCCCUAGCAAGAAGAAUAAUAAAAUAUAGACAAGUAAACAAUAGUUUGAUGUGGUCAUUUAAAACAAUAUUUAUUAAAUAUUAAUAUUCACAAUGACCUUUUAACUAAUAUAAAAACAAAACGUAUGCCUAUAUUAUCUAGAUCAAUGAUUUAUUCCUCUUUUCAAACACUCUAAAAGCCUCCUCUAUGCUGACGAUCUUAAACGCUAUAGAACUAUCUUCGCUCGAGGAUGCUCGCGGGCUCCACGAGGAUCUGGACACGUUGUAGGCCCUACCGUUGGGCGUCAGCGUCUUGUAUGAUACUACAUCCCGACAAGUGUAAGGUUUUAUCAAUUACAUUG